AUGUGUUACUGCAGUCUUAGCUGUUCAACAUGUUACUGCAGUCUUAGCGGGUUAACAUGUUACUGCAGUCUUAGCUGUUCAACAUGUUACUGCAGUCUUAGCUGUUCAACAUGUUACUGCAGUCUUAGCUGUUCAACAUGUUACUGCAGUCUUAGCUGUUCAACAUGUUACUGCAGUCUUAGCUGUUCAACAUGUUACUGCAGUCUUAGUGGGUUAACAUGUUACUGCAGUCUUAGCUGUUCAACAUGUUACUGCAGUCUUAGCUGUUCAACAUGUUACUGCAGUCUUAGCGGGUUAACAUGUUACUGCAGUCUUAGCUGUUCAACAUGUUACUGCAGUCUUAGCUGUUCAACAUGUUACUGCAGUCUUAGCUGUUCAACAUGUUACUGCAGUCUUAGCUGUUCAACAUGUUACUGCAGUCUUAGCUGUUCAACAUGUUACUGCAGUCUUAGUUGUUCAACAUGUUACUGCAGUCUUAGCUGUUCAACAUGUUACUGCAGUCUUAGCUGUUCAACAUGUUACUGCAGUCUUAGCGGGUUAACAUGUUACUGCAGUCUUAGCUGUUCAACAUGUUACUGCAGUCUUAGCUGUUCAACAUGUUACUGCAGUCUUAGCUGUUCAACAUGUUACUGCAGUCUUAGCUGUUCAACAUGUUACUGCAGUCUUAGCAGUUCAACAUGUUACUGCAGUCUUAGCUGUUCAACAUGUUACUGCAGUCUUAGCUGUUUAACAUGUUACUGCAGUCUUAGCUGUUCAACAUGUUACUGCAGUCUUAGCUGUUCAACAUGUUACUGCAGUCUUAGCUGUUCAACAUGUUACUGCAGUCUUAGCUGUUCAACAUGUUACUGCAGUCUUAGCUGUUCAACAUGUUACUGCAGUCUUAGCAGUUCAACAUGUUACUGCAGUCUUAGCUGUUCAACAUGUUACUGCAGUCUUAGCUGUUUAACAUGUUACUGCAGUCUUAGCUGUUCAACAUGUUACUGCAGUCUUAGCUGUUCAACAUGUUACUGCAGUCUUAGCUGUUCAACAUGUUACUGCAGUCUUAGCUGUUCAACAUGUUACUGCAGUCUUAGUGGGUUAACAUGUUACUGCAGGCUUAGCUGUUCAACAUGUUACUGUAGUCUUAGCUGUGUAACAUGUUACUGCAGUCUUAGCUGUUCAACAUGUUACUGCAGUCUUAGCUGUUCAACAUGUUACUGUAGUCUUAGCUGUUCAACAUGUUACUGCAGUCUUAGCUGUUCAAUGUGUUACUGCAGUCUUAGCUGUUCAACAUGUUACUGCAGUCUUAGUGGGUUAACAUGUUACUGCAGUCUUAGCUGUUCAACAUGUUACUGCAGUCUUAGCUGUUCAACAUGUUACUGCAGUCUUAGCUGUUCAACAUGUUACUGCAGUCUUAGCUGUUCAACAUGUUACUGCAGUCUUAGCUGUUUAACAUGUUACUGCAGUCUUAGCUGUUCAACAUGUUACUGCAGUCUUAGCUGUUUAACAUGUUACGGUAGUCUUAGCUGUUCAACAUGUCACUGCAGUCUUAGGUAUGUGACAUGUUACUGCAGUCUUAGCUGUUCAAUGUGUUACUGCAGCUGACAAAGAAGACAGUGUCUGUAGAAACAUAUUCCUGGUCAUUCCCGAGUUAAUCAUUACUGGUCAUUCCCUAGUUAAGACCUACUGGUCAUUUCCUAGUUGAUACCUACUGGUCAUUAUCUAGUUAAUACCUACUGGGUAAAGGUUUCCCUAGUUAAUUAAUACCUACUGGUCAUUCUCUAGUUAAUACCUACUGGGUAAAGGUUUCCCUAGUUAAUACCUACUGGGUAAAGGUUUCCCUAGUUAAUACCUACUGGUCAUUAUCUAGUUAAUACCUACUGGGUAAAGGUUUCCCUAGUUAAUUAAUACCUACUGGUCAUUCUCUAGUUAAUACCUACUGGGUAAAGGUUUCCCUAGUUAAUACCUACUGGGUAAAGGUUUCCCUAGUUAAUACCUACUGGUCAUUAUCUAGUUAAUACCUACUGGGUAAAGGUUUCCCUAGUUAAUUAAUACCUACUGGUCAUUCUCUAGUUAAUACCUACUGGGUAAAGGUUUCCCUAGUUAAUUAAUACCUACUGGUCAUUCUCUAGUUAAUACCUACUGGGUAAAGGUUUCCCUAGUUAAUACCUACUGGGUAAAGGUUUCCCUAGUUAAUACCUACUGGUCAUUAUCUAGUUAAUACCUACUGGGUAAAGGUUUCUCUAGUUAAUACCUACUGGGUAAAGGUUUCUCUAGUUAAUACCUACUGGGUAAAGGUUUCCCUAGUUAAUACCUACUGGUCAUUAUCUAGUUAAUACCUACUGGGUAAAGGUUUCUCUAGUUAAUACCUACUGGGUAAAGGUUUCCCUAGUUAAUACCUACUGGGUAAAGGUUUCCCUAGUUAAUUAAUACCUACUGGUCAUUCUCUAGUUAAUACCUACUGGGUAAAGGUUUCCCUAGUUAAUACCUACUGGGUAAAGGUUUCCCUAGUUAAUACCUACUGGUCAUUAUCUAGUUAAUACCUACUGGGUAAAGGUUUCUCUAGUUAAUACCUACUGGGUAAAGGUUUCCCUAGUUAAUACCUACUGGGUAAAGGUUUCCCUAGUUAAUACCUACUGGUCAUUCCUUAGUUAAUACCUACUGGUCAUUCCCUAGUUAAUACCUACUGGUCAUUCCCUAGUUAAUACCUACUGGUCAUUAUCUGGUUAGUACCUACUGUUCAUUCCCUAGUUAAUACCUACUGGUCAUUCUCUAGUUAAUACCUACUGGUCAUUCCCUAGUUAAUACCUACUGGGUAAAGGUUUCCCUAGUUAAUACCUACUGGUCAUUCCCUAGUUAAUACCUACUGGGUAAAGGUUUCCCUAUUUAAUACCUACUGGUCAUUCACUAGUUAAUACCUACUGGGUAAAGGUUUCCCUAGUUAAUACCUACUGGUCAUUCACUAGUUAAUACCUACUGGUCAUUCCUUAGUUAAUACCUACUGGUCAUUCCCUAGUUAAUACCUACUGGUCAUUCCCUAGUUAAUACCUUCUGGUCAUUCCCUAGUUAAUACCUACAUUACUGGGUAAAGGGAGGAUGGAAUAGCAUAUGUUUCUGUAAGUAUUGUUUUAAUGAGAGCUACUACUACUAAUACUGCUAAUUCUACUACUACUACUACUGCUAAUACUACUACUACUACUACUACUACUACUGCUGCUGCUACUGCUACUACUACUACUGUUGCUGCUACUGCUACUACUACACCAACGACAACAACUGCUGCUGCUACUACUACUACUAUUGCUGCUACUACUACUACUGUUGCUGCUACUACUACUACUACUACUACCACUACUGUUGCUGCUACUGCUACUACUGUUGCUUCUACUACUUCUACUACUACUACAACUGUUGCUGCUACUAUUAAUACCACUACUGUUGCUACUACUACUACUGUUGCUUCUACUACUUCUACUACUACUACUACUGUUGUUACUACUACAACUGUUGCUGCUACUACUACUACUACCACUACUACUGUUGCUGCUACUACUACUACUACAACUGUUGCUGCUACUACUACUACUGUUGCUACUACUACUACUACUACUACUACUACUACUACUACUACUACUACUACUGUUACUACUACUACUACUGCUGCUACUACUACUACUACUAUUGCUACUACUACUACUACUGUUGCUUUUACUACUUCUACUACUACUACUACUGUUGCUACUACUACUACUACUGUUGCUACUACUACUUAUACUAUUACUACUACUACUACUACUACUACUACUACUGUUGCGACUACUACUACGACUACUACUACUACUACUACUACUGUUGCUACUACUACUACUACUACUACUACUACUACUACUACUACUACUGUUACUACUACUACUACUGCUGCUACUACUACUACUACUAUUGCUACUACUACUACUACUGUUGCUUUUACUACUUCUACUACUACUACUACUGUUGCUACUACUACUACUACUGUUGCUACUACUACUUCUACUAUUACUACUACUACUACUACUACUACUACCGUUACUACUACUACUACUACUACUACUACCUCUACUACUACUGCUACUUCGACUUAUACUACUACUUAUACCACUACUACUUAUACUACUUCUACUACUACUGUUGCUACUAGUACUUCUACUACUGCUGUCAAUUUUUCCUAUAUAUAUAUAUAUAUAUAUCAACUCCUCCGUACAACAAGCCAGCUACAGUACAUGUGUUGCCAUCAGCAUUGUGUCUUCUACCUUUUACACCAGAAACCAACCAACAGCAACUUAUUUUUCUCUUUUUUUUAUAUUCACAAAAUAGAAUUAACAUGCAGGUCAGCCAUCGAGAAUUGGAGCGCUGCGAUUCUUGAGCUUGGACGCUGCUAUUGGACUGGGCGCAAUACGAGCACAACACAGCAGCGAAGCAGCUUUAGUUUAUUUCAAAGCAAGCGUUCUCUCAAUGGCUGAUGGAUAAUGGCUGAUGGAUAAUGGCUGAUGGCUAAUGACUGAUGGCUUUAGUGUAGCAGGGCCGUGUCUUGGUAUUCGCUAAAGCCUUUUUUGGAGACUUUAGAAAUGAGAUGUUUGUGCUCUUUUUUUAUGUUCCUUUUUUUUGCUUGUAGCUUUUUGCUCUUGUUAGGACGGAUAACAUUUUAUUUUUAUAUAUUUUUCAGUUUUAAGGAGGUUUGCAUGUUACAAUUUACGUGAGCAAAUUCGGUGCCUAAUGGUUGUGUGUUGAGCAGGCAUAGGAAACCACUCUACGCCCCACCUUUGAUGUGCCUCUACUGAUGGUGCUUUCUUCAGUGGUCUGACUCUGUUUAUUCGUACGGUGCUGUAUAUGUAUUUAAUAUAUUAUGCACAUAUCCUACCCAAUGGGUAGAAACCACAAGAGAACGUUGUUAAUACAGUAAUAUAAUGUGUAUAGAUGAUAAUAUUAAAAAUAACAUUUAACACGGCAAGAGGGCAUCAGUUUUUUUGUGAAUGCCUCAAAUGUGCUUUGUCUUUUUGUAGAACAGAGGAAAUAAAACAUGCUACAGUUAUGAUGGUCACAUAAUGACAGAAAAAUACUCCUUAUAUAAUCUGCUACAAAGGAAAUGUGUUAUGCUCUAGAAUCUAAUGUUCUGGGUAUAGAACCAUUCUAUACUCCAGUCGUCCUUAACCUUUAUGGGUUACUGUACCAAGUACAUGUUCUCAUCUCAUGAGUCUUCUCCAGUACCCUCUGUCGAUAAAGUUAGAAUUUCAAACUGUUUGGGUAUAGACCUGGAAAGUAUGACAGAACUUUGCAGGCUAUCUCUGCAGUAGAUUGCAACUCCUCCCCCUUUGGCAGUUCUAUCUUGACGGAAAAUGUUGUAGCUGGGUAUGGAAAUCUCAGAUAUCCCUGUGAGAUGAGAACAUGGGAUAUCCCUCAGAUAUCCCUUUAUAUCCCUGUGCGAUUGUUGAAAGUAUGGCAUUUGGCAAAAGCGAGGGUACAAUAUGAGCAUAAUACCGAGUAUGAAACCCCAAAAUUCUACCGUUUCCUCAGAAAAACUGAUAAUACUUUCAUAAUUCUUCGCAUUUCACUCACGCUCAGUGGCUGAUGGUGCUGCUGAAUUUGGAUCCAUACUUCGGGUUGUGUGUCAUCGGGAAUAGGGUUGUCCUCUCCUAGUACUAUUUGUCCAAGAUAAUAUGUAACCAUGUUUGUUCAUACUGGGCGCACAUCUCUAUUAUUACCUGGAUAAUGCUGAUCCACUAUCCAAGAGAGGGGUAUAAUGGUGGCCCUGUUUUAUCUUAUAGCGAAGUCUCCAGAUAUAUAGAUAUAUUCUCUUGUCUACCCCUUUAUGGAUCAAUAAACAUAUAAGACUCCAA